AUGUCUCUACAGGUUUUGACUUUGGCAAGCCUUUGCAGGGAUGGUGGUGGAGGGAUGUAUGGUCUGAGGCAGAAGAAAGCAGAAGCAAAAAUUGCAGCGUUGAUGGGUUUUUGCUGGAUGGUGAAGUCACCCCCUAAAUCCUGGAUCGAAGAAGUCUUCAGUAAAAGAGAAUGUGCACACAUUAUUUCCAGCUCAAAAGAUCCACACAGAUGUCCUGCAGGAUGCCAGGUGUGCCAUAAUUUAAUCAGGUGUUGCUGUGGACGGCUGAUUGGAGAACACCCAGGACUAGAAUGCAGCCGGCCUGUUUAUCAGGCUGGUUCACAGAGCAAUGGUGGAGAAUGGUCAGUGCAAAACCACACAAAGAUGAGUCCAACAGAUGCAUUUGGUACAAUCAAUUUUCAAGAUGGAGACCACACUUACCAUGCCAAGUAUAUCAGACUUUCUUAUGAUAGCAAUUUGGAUCAGCUGUUGCACCUGAUGGUUAAAGAGUGGCAGAUGGAAUUGCCGAAGUUAGUGAUCUCUGUUCAUGGAGGCAUUCGAAAUUUCAAGCUUCCCUCAAAGGUCAAGCAGGUUUUCAGCAAAGGCCUGGUGAAGGCAGCUGAGUCUACAGGAGCAUGGAUCAUUACAGAAGGCAUCAACAGCGGAGUGUCCAGGCAUGUGGGGGAUGCACUGAAAGGCCGUGCCUCACCACACCUGAGAAAGAUCUGUGCUAUUGGGAUUCCUCCAUGGGGUGUCAUUGAGAAUCAGAGGGAUCUCAUUGGAAAAGAUGUAGUUUGCCUGUACCAAACUCUUGGUAACCCACUCAGCAAGCUGAGUACGCUCAACAGCAUGCAUUCUCAUUUUCUAAUGGCAGAUGAUGGGACAGUGGGCAAGUAUGGGAAUGAAAUGGUGCUCAGGAGGAAUUUGGAGAAGUACAUAUCACUUCAAAAAAUACACACAAGAAUGGGCCAAGGUGUACCCACAGUCGGGCUGGUGUUGGAAGGAGGCCCCAGUGUGAUCCUGAUGGUCUGGGAGUACGUGAGGGCCAGCCCAGCCGUGCCAGUGGUGGUCUAUGAGGGCACUGGCAGAGCUGCAGAUAUCAUGGCAUUUGCCCACAAACACACGGGUGACACAGGGGAUCUGUGCCCUCAGGUGAAGGAGGAGAUCUUAAUCAUGAUUCAGAACAUAUUUAAAAUGGAACAAAAACAGUCCAGUCAUCUAUUUCAUGUUUUGAUGGAAUGCAUGAAACACAGAGAGUCUAUCACCGUAUUUGAUGCAGAGUCAGAAGAUGAGCAGGACAUUGAUUUGGCAAUUCUGACGGCACUCUUGAAAGGUACCAAAAUGUCCGCUUCAGAUCAGCUAGAUUUGGCAUUGGCCUGGAACCAGCUAGAUAUUGCCAAGAAGCACAUUCUUGUUUAUGGACAACACUGGAAGGUUGGUGCCUUGGAGCAGGCAAUGCUGGAUGCUUUAGUCAUGGAUCGUGUGGAUUUUGUUAAACUGUUAAUAGAACAUGGAGUGAACAUGCACCGUUUUCUUACCAUAUCUCGUCUGGAAGAACUCUACAAUACAAAACAAGGACCAUCAAAUCUACUUUUACACCAUCUAGUUCGAGAUGUGAAACAGAAUAGCCUUUCUUUGGAUUACAAGAUAUCACUGAUUGACAUUGGACUAGUGAUAGAGUACCUCCUUGGUGAAGCUUAUCGGAGCAGCUACACAAGGAAGAAUUUCCGAAUUCUCUACAACAAUCUCUACAGAAAACACAAGAGAGUGGUCUCCAGCUUGCCUCAAAGCCUGUCUUGUUCCUUUCAUCAGAAUAAUCAGAUGGAUAGUGGAAUGGGAUCCACUGAAAGUACUUUACAUUCUCAGUUCUUCAGAACUGCACAGCCUUACAAAUACAAGGAAAGAUCCAGCCCUUUCCCAAAGUAUAAGAAGAAAUCAAAAGAGGAUAUAAACUAUGCAGAGAAUUAUGAGUCAGCAGGCUUCAUCUACCCCUAUAAUGACCUCCUGGUUUGGGCAGUAUUAAUGAAAAGACAGAAGAUGGCUAUGUUCUUCUGGCAGCAUGGAGAGGAAGCCAUGGUCAAAGCUGUUGUUGCUUGUAAACUCUACAGGGCAAUGGCACACGAAGCUAAACAGAGCAACAUGGUGGAUGACACUUCAGAAGAACUCAAGAAGUAUUCAAAGGAAUUUGGGCAGCUUGCCUUAGAUGUGCUGGACAAAGCAUUCAAACAAAAUGAGCAGAUGGCCAUGAAGUUGCUGACCUAUGAACUGAAAAACUGGAGCAACUCGACUUGCUUGAAGCUGGCGGUGUCUGUGGGGCUGCGGCCUUUUGUGUCCCACACAUGCACGCAGAUGCUGUUGACCGACAUGUGGAUGGGGCGCCUUAAGAUGCGCAAGAACUCCUGCCUUAAGGUCAUUAUGAGUAUUCUCCUGCCUCCCACCAUCCUGAUGCUGGAGUUUAAAAGCAAGGCAGAAAUGUCUCACGUGCCUCAGUCUCAAGACUUCCACCAGUUAUGGUACCAUGGGGAGCAGAGCCCAAUCAGCUCUAAAGAUACUUUGAAGGGUUAUGAUGUGGAAAAGGCUGUUCAGAAGUCUGACGAAAGCCAAGUAGAUGGUGGACAAAGAAACCUGCCUGGAACCAGAAAAAUCUAUGAGUUCUACAACGCACCAAUUGUCAAGUUCUGGUUUCACACGAUGUCAUACUUGGCAUUCCUCAUGCUCUUUACUUACGUUGUGUUGGUGAAGAUGGAGCCAAGACCAAGUGUGCAAGAGUGGCUUGUUAUCAUUUAUAUUUUCACUACUGCUAUUGAAAAAGUCAGGGAGGUAUUUAUCUCAGAACCUGGAAAAUUCCGCCAAAAGGUGAAGGUGUGGAUUUAUGAAUACUGGAAUUUUACUGAUUCUGUAGCUAUCAUCCUGUUUAUGAUUGGUUUUGGUUUGCGGUGGUCCAACCCCCCUGUUCAAACUGCAGGGAGGCUCCUCUACUGCUUGGAUAUUAUAUUUUGGUAUACUCGGCUCCUUGACCUUUUUGCUGUGAACCAGCAUGCUGGCCCAUACCUGACAAUGAUUGGGAAAAUGACAGGAAACAUGUUCUAUAUUGUGAUCAUGAUGGCCAUAGUCCUGCUGAGUUUUGGGGUGUCACGAAAGGCAAUUCUUUCACCAGAGGAGCCUCCUUCUUGGACACUGGCACGAGAUAUUGUAUUUCAGCCCUACUGGAUGAUGUUUGGUGAAGUCUAUGCUGGAGAAAUAGAUGUUUGUGAAACCAAUGAAGACUGUCCUCCUGGCUCUUUUCUCACACCGUUCCUGCAAGCUGUCUACCUCUUUGUGCAGUACAUCAUCAUGGUCAACUUGCUCAUUGCAUUCUUUAAUAAUGUUUAUUUUGACUUGAAAUCCAUAUCAAACAAGCUCUGGAAGUACAACCGUUACCGCUACAUCAUGACCUACCACGAGAAGCCAUGGCUGCCUCCACCGUUCAUCCUCCUGAGCCACAUUGCGCUUCUGACAAAAUGCAUCUUCCACCACCAGCCCCCAAAUGAGUUGGACCAAGAGGAAGGCGAUGUUGGACUAAAGCUCUACCUGAGUGAUGAGGAGUUAAAGAAACUCCAUGACUUUGAGGAACAGUGUGUAGAAGAAUAUUUCCAUGAAAAAAAUGAAAACCUGAGUUCCAGUGGCAGUGAAAGGAUCCGCUUGACCACAGAAAGAGUGGAAGAGAUGUUUCAACAACUUAAAGAAGUGCACGAGAAGGUGUUUUAUAUCAAGGAGUCUUUACUCUCCCUGGACAGCCAGCUAGGACAUUUGCAAGACCUGUCUGCCCUGACAGUGGAUAUCCUGAAAGUGCUUUCAGCUGUAGACACCUUGAAGGUGGAGGAAGCCUUACUGGCUGACACAAAACACCAAACCUGUAGGAAAUUGCCGCACAGCUGGAGUAAUGCACUUUAUUCCAAGACCUUGAGCAGCCUGGAGGGCUUGUAUGACAGGAAGUACCACUAUUACAGCAUGCCACCCUCCCUCUUACGGAGCUUGGUAAGGACUCAGUCUCCAUCACAGUGCAAACUCUUGAAGUCUCAGAGUAACAAGGUGGUAGAAGACAGCUCUCAAAAGGUAGAAAUAGAAACAGAUACAGUCACCUCAGGAGUAUCCUCUGAGACUAAGUCGACUUCUAGGUAUGGGCAGUUUUUGCUGGUUCCCCCUGACCAUCAGGGAGGGUCUUUUUCUGAGGAUGUCACCUUAAAUUUGCCCUUUUUGAACCCUGCUGCCAAGUGCAAGGAUGAAGUGUUCAGAGAUGACCUGCAAAGUAGCACUGGGGUUCAGCAAAACUUGCCGGGUGUCAGCUUCCUUGGAAAAGAGACAGAAGGUUAUCAAUGGAGCCAGAGAGACUUUGUUAUUCAUUUGCCAUCAGAAAAGACUAAUGCUGCAGAAGGUGCUCAUCAUCUUGAUCUCCAGCUACCGCUGGAUAUUGAAGGAAGUGCAGCAUCCCCCUGUGAUGACAGGGAAGAAACUGAAGGUGGUUAUGUGAACUGGGGAUUCUCUGAAGGUGAUGAAAAAGGAGUUUUCAUCUCAGACUCAAAGAAGAAAACUCUCUACCUACAUUCCUCCUGUGACAACAAUUGCCAGAAUAAUCCCACUAGGCAUGUCCAGUUAAGUGAUUCGAAGUCCUUCUCCUACAACUCUUUCAAGUCACGUCACAGCUGCAGCAUCUCUCAGAACAGGCUGAAGCGAAGCAUCUCCUUCUGGAUCAGCCCUCUCUGCAGGGACUGGAGUUUCUGCCGAAGCAACAGCUUACCAUCCCCUAAAAAAGAGAGAUCAGGGAAAAUCUGCAAGGCUGUAGGCGAAUCUUUAGGAUCCUGUGAGCUACACCACAGUGAGACAACAAAAGCAAAACAGCAAAAUAGAGACAGAAAGUCUGGGAGAGGAAAGAGGAAUCAAAAACCUCUUCAGGUGCCGGUGAUUAGAGUGGAUGAUUGUCCCCAGAACACUCAAGUGAACUCGGAGCCUGCAGAGAUUAAUGUCUGGGAUGAGCAAGAGAAACACAGCAAGAAUUGGCUCACCGUGUCUAAUUUCAGUCAGCUAAGUUUGGAACGUCUCCAUUAUAAGCACCAGAAAAUUAAAAAUCCAGAUGUCAGUAGGCAUACCAUACCAUUCUGUGAUUACCUGAGGCAUUCUCAAGAGGAUUUCGGUAAUAACGUAUUUGGAAACACCAAGAAAAGUAAUCUGAGCAGGAAUUCCUUAUUGAGAACUCCAGAGGAAACUGACAAUAUCUUCUCCUGCUUGAAAACAUCUCAGGAUUUGCAUCUUCACUACUCAGCUGUUGAAAGAAACAACUUAAUGAGACUUGCUCAGACCAUACCAUUUACACCAGUCCAGCUCUUUGCUGGAGAGGAAGUGACGGUGUAUCAGCUAGAGGAAAGUUCACCCAUGAAUCUUGAUAAAAGCAUUUCUUCCUGGUCCCAGUGUGGAACAACUGCAAUGAUCCAAGUCCUGUCACGGGAGGAGAUGGAUGGGGGUCUGCGGAGGGCCAUGAAGGUCAUUUGCACUUGGUCUGAGAGUGAUGUAUUAAAGUUGGGACAAGUGUUCAUUGUGAAGUCUUUCCUGCCAGAGGUAGUUCAAACUUGGCAAAAGAUCUUCCACCACGGCACAGUAUUACAUCUCUGUCUGAGGGAAAUUCAACAACAAAGGGUUGCCCAGAAGUUAAUCUACACCUUCAACCAAGUGAAGCCUCCUACUAUUCCCUAUACUCCAAGAUUCCUGGAAGUUUUCCUCAUCUACUGCCAUUCAGCAAAGCAGUGGUUGACCAUCGAGAAGUACAUGACUGGUGAAUUUCGGAAAUACAAUAACAACAACGGAGAUGAGAUUACUCCCAUGAGCUUGCUGGAGGAGCUUAUGCUGGCCUUCUCUCACUGGACCUACGUCUACACCCGUGGGGAGCUCCUUGUCCUGGAUUUGCAAGGUGUUGGGGAAAAUCUUACAGAUCCAUCUGUGAUUAAACCUGAAGACAAAAAGUCUGGAAAGAUGGUAUUUGGACCAGCAAACCUAGGAGAAGAUGCAAUAAGAAACUUCAUUGCAAAACAUCGCUGUAAUUCUUGCUGCAGAAAGUUGAAACUUCCUGAUUUGAGAAGUGACUACACACUGGAAACUGCUGGUCUGGCCUUCGGAAUAGAAAUGGGAACAAACACCAAAGAAGCUGAUGGUGCAGAUGGGCCUUCUGAGUACGACACACACUUGUAAAGCCGAGAGCCCCUGGGUUUGCAUGUUUCAAAACCUGUCCCUUUUCAUUACCAAGGGUUUGUCCAAAAUCACACAAUACAGAUGACUGAGUGCAACAUCUGUCUGCCCUGACUAGACCCUAUGGACAAGGAAUUAAAAAAAAAUAGCUUUAUUUACUCCCCUUCCAUGCUCUUGUGCUGGCCCUUUUUUUACAAAUUAAUGAAUUUCCAGGAGCAGGUCAUCCCUUGCCUGUGUGAACUGUCCCAUCAGUGCCUUUUUCUAAUAAUGUGGAUCAUGGUUCCACAUUUCACUUUCUUAGGAAAAUGACUGUGACAAGUUUAUUUCCAAGUGGUAGUAAUUUUUGUUUCUCUUUCAUUCAAAUAAAUGAAUGUAUACACAUACAAACCAUUCAUGUUCAGUCAGAGCCCACUCAGCCCCAUGCUCACUUUUCUUCAGCAUAUGAGCAGGAAGCUGCAGAAUUACUACUUUCUUUUUAUUAUUGAUUCUGAUGCAGAGACAAACCAAGAAUACAUGAGUAAUGAAUUCUUGGUUUAAACAGCAGUCAUGACAGUCUGAAAAAAUUUGUAGUAAUUUUGUCUUCAACUCUUUUCACAUACCAAGAAAAAGUUGCACAAUAAAGCAGCAGAUUAUUAGACCCACAACCAUCGAUUUUUCUCAUUUUGAGGUAAUGAAUAUUCUGUGGUCUUUAAUAAAAACAUGUUGAAUGUCAUUUGACUUUUAGGACUUGCCUGUCUCUAUAAUAUUUUAUCUUCCAAAUGUUUUAAAGUUACAACUGGAAGAAAGACUUUAGACAUCACAAAGAAUAGUAUGUUCAAUUUGGCAUUUAACUUGUUGUUAAUGUCAGGCUGAGUGUAGGACUGUUGCCUAACAGUGCUGCAAUUAUAUUAGGCAGAAUCCACAUUGGUUUCUGUUCAUGUCCUCUGAUCACAGCUGAAGUUCAGAAGUAAGAAGAAUCAAUUUGCAUAAUAUGAUUUUUGUAAAGAGUGAAAAGAAGUUUUCAGCAGAAGUAUUUCUAACACAACUGGUGUUCAAAUACUGGUCACACCAUUAAAGCCACUUUGUGCUUCUGUAUUGAGUAAAAACCCCAAAUGUUCAAAUGUCAGUCAUUAGAAAACUUUACACUUGAAUUAAAAAAAAAAAAUUUCCACUACGGCUGACAGUAAAUUUUAAGGUGUAAGGGUUUCUUUAAUUAUGAUCUGUGAUUUAUUUGGUAUAUUUAGUAAGUGUUUACAUAUGUAUAGGAUUUGGAAGUUACAUAUUCCCAGUUUUUAUAUUGAUUAUGAUAUUGGUGUUGAAGUAAUCAGCAUUGUAAGCAGGCAUAGAAGUAAUGAUCUCCAUAAUGAUUAGCUGAGAUGCCUUCAGUUGCUGAGAGCAUUCAGAAGAGGUUCCUAUUGAAUUUUUUUUCUUUCUGACAUAAUUCUAUAGAACCCCCACCAUAUAUUUCCCCAUCAGAUUUUACUUCUCAUUUUGCAAAAUACAGAUUUCCCUUUGGCUGUUUUAUUUGAAAGCAAGUCAAUAUACCAGCAAACUUAGCUUCUCUGUGAAGGAAGUAGUUUGAUUGCAUCUCUGCAGACUGAGGGUGAAUUUUGAUCCAUAGGCCUGUAAAGUGGUAAUUCUGCUUCUUGUGAUUAUUUUAAAAUCUGUCUUUAGGGAGAUAUCUGCUUAUAUGAAUACAUAUAUACUUUAAAGAAAGAUCUUUCUCUCAAGGAUCUCUAACUAUUUGCAUGCCUUUAAAUUCAGUUAAGUUAAAUGACACAUAAAUACGUCUUUAAAGUCAAAGACAAUGUAACUCCUGCCCUGAUAGUGUUGUUUUCCUCAAGUGUUGCCAUAAAUUCAGAACACAUAUAUAUUAUGCAUAAAAAAUAAACUCUAGAUCAGGCUGGGCCUUAGCACCUUUCAUUUCCUUACAAGUUUUGAAGGUAUGUACAAAUCAUUUUUCAUAUGAUCGGCAAUGCUCAUAUUGCUUGCAAGAGUGGGUAGCUCCUGCAUUCACAGCAGAAAUUCUUGUGAUGUAGGGAACUCUUGUGAGAAUUCUUAUGAUGUAGAGCUAGGUCAAGGUAGAAUAAUCUUAUUCCUUGUUGUCAGUAUCUGUCAAGGUAAAUACUACAAUACAGUAUGAAACUGGGGAUCCUUGCAAGAUACUAAUCUGUGUUAAAAUGUAGUUUAUUUAGUUUUGUAGCUAUUUAAUGUUGCUCAGCAUGAAAUAUAAAGUGGAUGAAACAAGAAAAACAGGCAUUUCAAAUCUUUCCACUGUAUGUUUUUAUUUUUGCACUAAUUUUUCAUGUGUGGAGACACUAAGAGGAAGAAUUCUAGUAAUUCUGCUGGCUGAUAAAUUAUGCCUCACCUUUCUUUUUGCAUUUUUUGGGGAGUGCUGAUUCACAUUUCACUAAACUGUAAAUUUAAGUAUUUGAUUAAAGACCUUUCUCCCCUCCCUUUUCAUAGUUCAGUAAUAAAUUAUAUUGAAAAUAAUUUAAAAAAAAUAUUUCUUAUGAGCUCUUGGCGUAUUUCUUAUUACAAAUUGUGUACAUUCUUUAAAUUUUCUUUUGAUUUCUAAAUACUGACCUUGGAUUGAGGCACAUGCCUAUUGAAUACAUGAAAAAAAACAACCCCAACAUCCAUUAAUGGAGACAGCAGUAAGCCCCACUCACACUAAAAUUUGGGUUCAUAUGAAGUGAAAGGUGUGGUAGUCAGGUUCUUUCUCCAAUUGCUUGACAACCAGAGUGGAAGAGGAAAUCAUGUGUGUCAAACCAAACCAUAGGGGUUUCUGAUUAUUAGCUUCAAUAUUUGUUUAUGCUGAAAAGCACAUCCAAAGAUUUCUUCUAUAAUUCUAGUGGGUUCAGGGAGAAAAAAAAAAAAAAAAGCCCUAUUUACUUUGUUCAAAUAAGUCAGGCAGUAAAGUUUUGAAAGAACAAAACAAAACAAAAAAUGCACCAGAGUAUUUAUAAGCUCACUUUUUAAUAUAAGCUUAAAAGAAGCUUACUUAGGAAUUCAUUUGGGAUUAUCCACAGCAAAUUUUUUUUUUUUGCAUCUGCUGCAUUGGAGAUGUAGCUUGAACAUAUGAAAAAUAUUCAGAAAUUGAAAUCCUCAUACUUAGGAAAGCUUUUUUUUUUUUUUUUUCUCUCUUUUAUUCGGAGUUGUGGUGUAUUUGGGGUUAUUAAUUUGUUAGUGCAAUAAAAUCAAAAGGGAUAUCACACAUGUAUUUUCUAGAAAUGCAUUUGUAUCUGUUGUAGUUCUGUCAGUCUAUUUCAUAUUAUUUCUAAAGACUAAAAGAACACUUUCACAAUGUUUCUGUUCUUGACAGAUGUAAAAUGAAAUAACGUUUCUGAGCACUAAGGGAAACAGGUGACAGUAACAUACAGAGAAUAAUGCAGUUAUUUUUGUUUUUAAUCUCAAAGUAAUAAACAUCUAUUCUAUAUUUA